CGUGCCCCUGUCAGUAUGCCGCUCCUGCAUGCUUGUACAUUCUGCUCUGAACCCGGGUCUCGUUGCAGGUUGGUGUCGACGGUCCACGCCCUGAUCGUGGGGACGUUCUGCCUGUACAUCCUGUGGUUCGACGACGCUGUGAACAGAGACCCCGUCUGGGGAGAGCCCAGCCUGGUCAAGCUCAACGUCGCCAUUACCUGCGGCUACCUCAUCUAUGAUCUGCUGCUGCUUGCUCGGUACUGGAACUCCAUGGGGGAUGGGUUUUUCGUCUGCCACCACAUUGCUGCCCUCUACGCCUAUGGGUUUGUCCUGAGUCGAGGGGUGCUGCCGUAUUUUGCGAAUUUCAGGCUCCUGUCGGAGCUGUCGACCCCCUUUGUGAACCAGCGGUGGUUCUUCGAGGCCCUGUCCGUGCCCCGCUCGGACCGCCGGGUGGUCCUGAACGGCAUCGCCAUGUCGGUGGUCUUCUUCGCGGUGCGCAUUGCCGUCAUCCCCACCUAUUACUGGCGGGUGAUUUCCACGCUGGGGACCCCAGCCUUCGAGAGGCUGGGCCCGGGGCCGCAGGUGGCCUGGAUCCUGUCCAGCGUGAGCCUGGACAUCCUCAACGCGAUCUGGAUGUACCGCAUCGCUCGGGGCUGCUACCGCGUGGUCAUGGGAUCCCGGAGAAAAACCAACAACCAGAUUCCCAUCACAGACACAAACAACCACACGGACUGAGAGAGCAACACCACUGCCCUCGCCGUGCCCCUCCACACCCCCGAGGACGUCACACUGACUGAGAGAGAGCAACACCACUUCUCUCGCCGUGCCCCUCCACACCCCCGAGGACAUCACACUGACUGAGAGAGAGCAACACCACUGCCCUCGCCGUGCCCCUCCACACCCCCGAGGAC